AUGGGAGAUGACUACCCCAUGCUGUUCUGUACAUGUUUGGGACAGAUGAGCUUAAGGCAGUUCCUUGUCCCAACUGAAGUUGCCCAUGAUGCAGUCACAGAGCUCAGUGAACUGGAAAAUGUUCAAUUGAAGGACAUACUCAUGGCUGGACUGAGUGCUGUGCAUAAUAUUGAUGAGCUUGAUGUCACACUUGCCAAGCAUGAGAUGUGGCUUGUGCAGAUGAAUGAUAGCUACAAGAUGUUGAAGACUGCUGUGUUCUCUGAGAAGGGUUCAGGUGUCAACAAACUUUGUGAUGCUCUCGGUGUCAAGAUUGACUUCUCAGAUGAAGCUAAUGAGAAGGAAAAGGAGGCAGGCAAGAAGAAGGUGGCUGUCCAUCAGAAAUCCAAGGUCAAGAUUACAGGCUGCAAGGAGAAUGUAGAGGAAGCCAAAAAACAAAUUUUAUCACAAGUUGAGAGGAUUCUGCUUCAUCAUGGAGACAAACCAUUUGAUCUAUCCUUCCCACCUGUGCAUGGUGCCUACCCUUCCCUCAUACUGAAGGUUGCUGUCAUACAUGCUUGUGACAAUCAGGAUGAUGCACUGUCUGGUGUCACAUCCUAUAUGGACUCAUAUUCCUGCAUAUCGACAUUCAAGCGCGUCUUGUGGCAUGUCCUAAGGGGUAACCUGUACAUGAAUCACACAGAUAUCACAGAGCCUUUUGUUGAUCCUGCUACUGGCACUGAGACAUGCAAAAAUGUGUUCAUAAUUUUCGUGCAUGGUGAUGCCUUACUUGUGAAGAAAGUGGCAGAGGGUAGUGAUCAGAAUGCACAUCAUCACAAGUCCAAGAAGGGAGAGGAUGAGGGGUUGUUGAAAGAUGGGGGAUUCACUGUGGAAGGAGAUGACCAACCUUAUGUUCCUCAUAUCCCUCGACAGAGCAAGCAUGGCGUUCAGUAUGAUGUACUGCAAUUUGGGGUCCCAUUUUUGUUGCUUGAGCCAGCUUGCAGCUACUUGCUGUGGCUGUAUAAGCCAGACCAAGUUUUGAUUAUGUAA